AUUCCUAUAUAUGUUUCUCAAAAUGUCAGAUUCUUAAAUUAGAAUUGGCCGCCUUUAAGCAGUCUAAAACGAUAAGAUAAUUUCCGCCUUUCUUGAAAGGACAAUAUCAGCGGAUACGUAAAUAAAUACAUUAAAAAUCAACUGAUCUUAACACGCAUUACAUUAACUUCCUUGUAUAAACUAUAAGUAUGCAGACGACAAAAUAGAAUAUACAUGUGUUAGUGUUUUAUAUUUGAAAAAUAAAAGUGGAAUAUAUAGUGAUACCGAGUGCGUUGCCAAUUCGUUAUUAUGGGCGAUGAACUUUUAGCUCUGAUGGCUUUGCCGGGGUUCGUGCUUGGAUUUAUUUCUGCCGUGCUUUUGCUGAUUACACUGCCAAAACUAUACAUAAAACUUAGAUGUCACGGGUGCCCGAGAUCACAGGAGAGUAUAUUGGGGAGAGAGGAGGCUCCAGGUUUUGUGGACCUCGAGUGCACAGACGCAAGAACAAACCACUACAUGGAAAUAGACGAGAAAAAGACAAGGACAUUUGCUACUCCAAAGCAGGCAAUUUCUCGAACAAAAGCGGAUGCAAGUGCGGACACAAGUGAUGGGCAACGAUACGAAAAGUGCAUUGUGGGUAAUAGCAAAACGCACAGAUAUUCCGAUAUCAAAACCGAAGGUUCGAGUACAAGUAAAACACAAAAUGCAUCAACAACAAACAGUUAUGAGCCAUUUUCACCCGGAAAUCCUGGUAACAAACAGAAGAAAAGGGUCUCAAAUCAUGAAUAUUUUAUUCUCGAACCCGGUUCAGACAAACGCUUGCCUGUAAAACCAUUUGAGAGUAAAUCAGAUACUCUCCCGUUUGAUCCAGGUCACGUAUAUUUCAAACUUGAGCCAGGGACCAGUAAAGUGACGCCAGUGUUUCAAAACACUAUGAAAGACACAAGUAGCUCCAAUGGAAGGGAUUCGGGACACAUAUAUUUCGUUCUAGAACCUAUGGCAGAGUCGGCUGACUCAGAAAAUCUGGCAUAUGCCGUUAAUGACGUGGCAACAAGCUCUUCCUUUUUUAUACUGGAAAAAGACGACCACUGUUAAAACAUAGCAUUGAUUAUAUUUCAUAACGAAUUUUCAUUCAAUUGGAGCUUUUUUACUCUGCAUGCGCGUAUGUAGUAUCAGAGAACAGUAUUUCAUAUUAUAACUUUUACUUGUCAUUCUGAGGUCGUCAGUGUACACUAUCAUUGGACUACAUUCCAUUCUUGCGUGAUCACUAAAUACAUAAUGAUGUAUUGCUUAUCAUUCUGUAGUGUAUAUUUGUCAUUUCAUUGGCAGCGGAAACUUGUCAUUCUGCAGAAGGUAUAAGUCGUUUGUCACUCGAUCAGUACCUUGUCAUUUGGCAGUUGUUACUGGUCAGUCGGCGGGAUUAAUUUGUCAUUCAGCAGUGAGUGGUAACUUGUUACAAAAAGUGUAAUUUUAAUGCCGAUAUCUUAUAUGAUAUUUGAAUAUUUUGAACGAUGGAGUACUAGUUAUUGCGUUUAGGUUUAUAGAGCUAAAAUAACUCAUCAAACGGCAAUAAUGUAGUUAAAGAACACCAAUGGUUUUCCAAUAGACUUCCAUUGUAACAUUAUGGCGAGAACGGCUUCCGAAGAAGCGAAACAUGUAUAUCUAAUCACAUUUCUUUCAAGAACUUUCCUUCCACCAAAAAAAAUAUCGGACGAAAAACAGUGAUAUUUUAUUAGUCCAUUACCGGUGGAACAAAAACAGUUUAUAAUCUAAUAAAUCAGACUCGGAAUUGCAUCCAGUUAAACCAGCAUGGGUCAGCAAAGUCAAGAUUUGGUUUUUAAGCACGGCUUAACCAAGGCGUUAGAAACCAACUAUGUUUUCUUGACGAAAGUUAUUAAAGGGUAUAAAUUACAUGUUAAGUACCUAUGGGUAUUUCUCUUUUGUCAUAUUAUUUUGCCCCUGAUCCUGUGGCGUAGAUUUUGCGCAUGCGCAUAAGCGCCGCAAAAGAUUACCAUGGAAGUUCAGUGAAUAUGUUUUUUUAUAAUUUUAAAUUAUUAGUUGUAGAGUCCUUCCCUAUUUGACUUUUUAUUCCAUGAAAAAAAAAUGGAAUAAUAAAAAUUUGACAAUAUUUAGCUUUAUGGAGUUACAACAUUCUGAUCCUUAAAACAUCUGCCUGUGGUUACCUUUUUCAGCGCGUGUGUAACAUUUGUUUUUAGAUCUUAUUUUAAAUAUUGAUUUAUUAUAUUGUAGGCAUAACUAUUUGCUAUAUUUAUUUCAUAUGAUAGGGGCUGGGGGUAUAGGCCUUUUAUUCAAACCGAAAUUCCGGAUACUGCUUUGUACUUGCAUGUAAAGUUAAUUUAUUCUAAUUUUAAACCUACUUUAUUGUGUUAUUUUUAUUGGUAUGUAUAUAAGUAAGUUUUAUACCACUAUUUCUGUAUAAGCAUUUGUUAAGGAUUGUUGUAUGUUGUGUUUCGUGUUGUUAAUAUGUCAUUGUAAGUUUGUAACUCCUUAUAGGUACAAGGCUUCGUCAUCUUAAUGUAGGCAUGGCUAUGCCCAUUCCUCUUUCCGUUAUCAACGCCAAACUUACUACACAGUACGUAAUCUGGAACAAAUAUUGAUAUACAGUGUCUUAUAUUUUUAGUUUUAUACUUUAAUUAAUUUUAUUUUUUUUAAGUUAAGUAUAUAUGUGUUUAAUUUUUGAUAUGCAUAAUUAUAGUCAAACUUUUUACAAAUGUAACCUAAGAAUUAGACAAAAAACUGGCCUUUUAACCAAGGUGACUUGCAUUUUAAAGUAUCCUUGCUCUUUUAUCUCAAUAUAGGUUUCUUACAGGCUGACCUAUAGCAAUGUCAGAAUGGUGUUUUUUGAGAGGUGGCUGAUUGCACAACAUUGACUGUUUGUCCUUCCAAAAUACCAGUUGAUUAGUAUAUGACUGUAUAUAGUGAACUGUUUAGUCAAUAUUCAUUGCUGUGUAUUUAAAUUCAUGAGCUGUUCUCCUGCAGAGGAGGUGAAGAAAACAACGACAAAAACAAAACCCACUAAGUAAGUACAGCGACGUAAUCGUCAACAUAUAACAUUUGGGUUAUAUUUUGUUUUUGUUAAAUUUAUUUAAACGCCGAGUACGCGAUGUAUAUUUCGAAGACUGGAAAGCUAGCUUGCGAUAAUCACUAUUUUAUUAAAAUAAGCUUCCUUUGGGUU